CAAAGUAACAAGGCCUGCGAGGAGUCGAGGGAAGAGCAUUACACCUCCUCCUCUCUCCCUCCCUCUCUCUAAGGUUACCUCGGUUUUAAAAACAUCAGUAAUGGCUUUGAAUGGAUCGAAAGUAUUAAUCAAUUUUGUUUAGAUGUCUGCCUGUUGCCCGAGCGCGUUCGAACACACUGUAUAAAUAGCACGCUAUCUGCCCCUGAUCAUUCACUUUUUUUUCUUUUGAUAUAAAUCUGCACGGCAGAACAUGUUCAAAUCUUAGCGGUGUUUCCCGAGCACAAUCUCAGUUACAGUGCACGGAACAGUUUGGAGGUAGGUGUAAAACUUCAUCUCCACAAAAAGGUCGCUUGCUCUGCCCGACACACAUUCGGUUAUUAAACAAGCUCCCUUUAAAUAGUUGUCCGCCUUCCCCAAUGGCCCAUGACCGGAUGCGGAGAAACCUUUGGGACGGCAAAUGGCUUAUUCAAUUUCACGUGGAUGACGCCACUUAGCCAUUAGCUAUAACCGGGCAAAUCCCUGUUCAACUGAGGAGAGUGUGGACCCGGGAUGGGACUGUGUGCGCGGGGCUUUUUCUUCUGUUUCCUUUCGCCAACACAGCUUCUGCAUUCGUGCAUCUGAGUCACUAGCAGAGCUGAGGGAUUGGGGAAGGGUCUGUUUCUCUCUCUUUCCACCUCCUCACUGAUCCCUGACAGCCCAGGACACGGCGCCCUUCACUCCAGGAGCUUGUCAUUGAUCGGACAUAGUGGCUGCAGUUGAGGCAGAGCAGACAAGGUUACUGCUACAGUCUACCCAGUGGCAUCGCUAAGGAACAGCUCCCAUCUUCCGCGAGGUCUGACCAAUGUGCACUCAGCCCGCGGACCUGCACCGAUCACAUUCAGAUGGAGACUCCAGCGCCGCUCACUUCGCCUCUCUCUCUCCAACUGGCUCACGACAGGGGGCGGCAGCGGAUUGAUCCUGACCCCGGGGAUAUGCAGCAGGGACCGGUGCUCUCUAUAGAUCAGAUCCGGGCAAUCCGAGCCAACAACGACUAUGUGGAGCGCCCCCUGAUCAUCAGGGCAAAGAUCAGCACGGGCAGCCCGUCCAGCUCGGGGCAGAAAUGGGAAAGGGCGGCCGAGCAGAGCCUGGCUGUGCUGGAACAGCGCCCCUCAGCUCAGCUUCAUCAACAGGUCCAACAACACUUGAGCAGGUCAACCAGUACGGUCAGCUCAGCCUCCAGGAGCAGCAGCACCUCCGAGCAGAGACUGCUUGUCAGUUUGAGCUCGUCUCCUUCUGGCCAAGGGAUUAUCAGGGCGCAGCCCAAAGCUGACCUUAAAGGCGACUUGAACAAGCCGGCUGGCGCCGAGGACUGGAGCCAACACUCACUGCGCUGCGAGCAAUGUGGAAAGUGCAAAUGCAGCGAGUGCACGGCUCCCAGGACGCUGCCUUCCUGCUGGCUCUGUGACCAGAGGUGCCUUUGCUCUUUCCAGAGCGCCCUGGAGUAUGGCACUUGCGUGUGCUGUGUGAAGGGCCUCUUCUAUCAUUGCUCCAGCGAUGACGAGGACAACUGUGCGGACAACCCGUGCUCCUGCAGCCAAGGCCAUUGCUGCGCCCGCUGGACCGCCAUGGGCUUCAUCUCCAUCCUCUUGCCCUGCUUGUGGUGCUAUCUGCCGGCGAAAGGAUGCCUCCGAAUCUGCCAGGGAUGUUAUGACGGUGUCAAGCGACCGGGCUGCAGGUGCAAAAACUCAAAUACCGUGUGCAGGAAGUUUUCCAACACACCCUGUCCUAAAACCUUGGAGAAACCUUUAUGACCAAGACACUCUUGUUAAAUCCGUGACCAAUGUUAACCCUGUGGAUGUUCAGAAGGCACAUUCUCCAAAGCUUCCUUAAUUCCUUAGUGAGAUUUCCAAGGGGAGAUUACAUUUCUUCUCACGCCGAGACCCCAGGACAUGCACAAGAUGAUC